CGCCAUCUCACUCUGGAGCAGACAAUUGCCACUGGGUUUGGAGAAGGAUUCAUAGUUCCGAAAAACCUGACAGACAAACAGAAAGAGCGGAUCAAGUCGUUGGCAAACGAGCUGGAAUUAGAUCUUAACGCCGAGUUUGGACAAAGCAGCUUGUCUAAACAAAAGCAAGCCCUGUUUGCUCGAGCUUUGGUCAACGACCCAAAGAUUUUGAUUCUCGACGAGGCGUUUUCAACCCUGAACCGCGCCGAAAUUACAACCGCGUUUAAAGUCCUAGAUAACUAUCAGGGUGCAGUUUUAGUUGUCAGUCACAACCAGGAGGAAAUUCCGGAUUGUGACAACACUUUAAAUCUCUCUAACUAGUAUACGUGCAUUUAACAAUCCGUCACGCAGGACCAAGGGUAGAUCUGCGUCUCAGAU